AUGAUGACUGCGCCCCCCAACCAACAACACAACCAACCGCCCAUUGACCUCCUCUGCGGCUGGCCGAAUCCCGCGCUCCUCCCCGCCCCCAAUCUGCUCCGCUCCGCCACGACCGUUCUGACGACCCCCUCCAUUGCUCAGCCAGGUUUGCUAUAUGGGCCUGAUGAAGGCUAUGAGCCUCUGCGCGCCCACGUGGCCCAAUGGCUAGAGAGCUUCUAUCAGCCCUGCCAUCCCAUUACGCCCGAGCGCAUUUGCAUCACCGGUGGGGCCAGUCAGAACCUCGCGUGUGUCAUGGCCGUCUUCACGGACCCCGUCUACACGCGCGCAGUCUGGAUGGUCGAUCCCACCUACCAUCUAGCUGGCCGUAUGAUGGACGAUGCGGGCUUUGCUGGGCGGGUCUAUGGGGUCCCUGAGGAUGACGAGGGGAUUGACCUAGCCUUCCUGGAGAGCGGAUUACGUGCAGCUGAAGAAAAGGCGCAUGCCGAGGGCAACACCGAACCGAAAUUCAAGCCACCCCGGCCCUGGCGCAAGAUCUACAAAUACAUCAUCUAUGCCGUCCCCACAUUCGCCAACCCUUCCACCAAGGUGAUGUCCCUGGGUCACCGAGAACAAUUGGUUCGACUAGCUCGCCAGUACGAUGCGCUACUGGUCACCGACGACGUUUACGAUUUCCUACAGUGGUCGCCAACUCCCGGGGGUAAGCUGGCUGCCCCCGAACACGCGUGCCUCCCCCGCUUGGUAGACGUGGAUCGUUACCUGGACGGCGGCCCUGUUGAUGAAUGGGGCCACGCAAUAAGCAAUGGCAGCUUCAGUAAACUGCUCGGCCCGGGAGCUCGCACUGGAUGGGCCGAAGCAUCCGAAAAGGUCGCUUACGGGAUAUCACAAGUAGGCUCCUCGCGCUCCGGCGGCGCCCCUUCUCAGCUCUGUUCCACCAUCAUUGAUCAACUACUCCCCUCCGGCUGCCUAGAUACUCACAUCCAACAAGUCCUCCAGCCCGCAUAUGCAGAGCGGUAUCACACGUUACUAGGCGCAAUCCAGGAAUACCUAGUCCCACUGGGGGCGACGGUUGCUUCACCAUCCGAGACCGUUGCGGGCGGGUAUUUCAUCUGGGUUACCUUGCCACCGCCACUACUAGCGGCAGAUAUAGUGAAGCGAGCCCAGCAGGAAGAAAACCUGCGCUUAGCGCCUGGCACGCUGUUCGAGGCUGGCAGCCCACAGCCGCCAAGCGAUCGGUUCGCCGGCUGCCUGCGCCUCUGCUUUGCGUGGGAAGAGCCGCGUCACCUGACCGAGGGGGUGCGUAGGCUCGCACGCGUCCUGAAACAUGCGCUUGAGUAG